AAAUUUAUGAAAAUAAACGCGUUGACGCGUUGUCAUAAUUCCGAGCAGCAUGGUGGGACAUAUUAAUAUGUAUUAUUGACAUAUUAACAAUUGUGACCCACCGUGCAGCAAAGAGACGUCCGAGGACGAUUGGUCCAGUCCAGAAAAUAGAUUAUACAUUAUUUAUAAACAUAAUAGUUUAUUAAAUUACUUUAUUUUGAAUCUUGAAAUACACGUUUUUUUUUAAACGUGUUCUUGUGUCUACCUCUAAAUUGAUUUUAGAAUAUUGAAUUAAAAUACAAAAAAGAAUCAAAAGAAUUAGAAAACAAAAGAUUGGAGCAUCAGAAAAAACGAACCAACUUGGAAAUAAUGAAUUCUAUUAUAAUGUAUCACAAUGAAGAAACUAAAGAAAAAAUACAAUUUUACAAUGACAAUAUCAUCCGACCACUUGAACUCAAAUUAGAAAAAUGUAUUUCACUGGUUGACUAUGAAAAAAAUAAAAUUGACAAUAUAAACACCAGUGUAAUAGAUUUUGUUCCGGAGCUUAAAGAAAAAAUUGAGAAUGGUCAAUCACAAAUCGAACAACUAGAUAAAACUAUAAGUGUGCAGUAUGGGACGGUGGCCAGUCUAGAAGAAGAUUAUAAAACUAUUCAAUUGAAUGUUAUACGCCAAACGGAAAUAAAUUCAAUUAAAGCGAAAAAGUUCAUUGAUAAUUUUGGAGCUAUUUCUAACUAUUGGAUGAAAAUGUUGAAUGUUGUUGAAAUGAGAGAAAAAAAUAAACUCUUGGAUAGCAAGGUAUUUCAAAAACGGUACGAGAUAAAGAAAAAAAGAGAGGAAUGUUUAAUAAGAGAAAAAGGAUUGAUGUCACAGUUAGAUGAAUUAAAAGAAUUGGUCCGCCAACAAGUAACAUAUAAUAAAAGGUUGUCUCAGCAGUAUAAUCAGCUGACAAACAAAUAAAUAUGUAUUUCUAAUUUCUAUAAUGUUACUUUUUUAUUAAAAGUAGAAAAUAUUAAAAGAGAUUAUGAUUACAAUAAUACAGAUGUACUAGUACCUACCAAGAAAUUAGCGAAUUUAUUGUAAAAGGAAUAUUACAACUCACAAGUCGUAGUCAUUGCAGGUUGAGUGAAUAAAAGCGGUAUCCAGUGACAGUAGGUAUUAUAGUAUUGGCGUAACUAUAGGGGGAACAAAAAGGUCUUUAGCACACACACUUCCAAAAUCUAAUUUAGCAUCCCUUGUUUUUUAGGUCAAAUGAUCAUUAUUAUAGUGAAAUCAAUUUUAUGUUUUAAAAAUAUCAAAUAUUAUAGCACCCCACGUUUUAGGGAUCUAGCAGCUGGUACUUCAAAUGUAUGAAUUCAACCAGAACUUAAUAGUGAUGUAGCAUGGGGAUCUCCCUCGGGUGGUAACUUUUUUUCAUCGAUCAUCUUGAAUCUCAAAAUACUUGUGAAAGUACCACUUUGAGAUGAGAAUUUUGGAAGCGAUACUAUCUUUAGUGGACACUUACAUAGUGGUAAAAUUGCAAGCCUCAAGCCAUCAUUAUAUAGGAUCUACGUUGAUCAGUCAGUGAUUCAGUCAGGACACGUUCGAUUAUAUUAUAUUAUAGCCCCCCGGCGUUUCCCGUGAUUACACGCCUGCAGUGAUAAUGGGAGCAGCAUAGUUUCAGGUGGGCAAUCUGUGGUGGAUUGCAAAUCCCGCGAGGUCCGUACGUAAUUACGAAUGUUUAAUUAACACGUUGUUUAUGAUGUGCAUGUGAAGGUUCCCUGGACAAUGGUCGAAAAAUUAGCCUUGGGAAUACCAUUUUUACUAAGUUAUACAGUUUUGAGUUUUUGACCAAAUAUAAUAUAGGUACACGGCACUAGGUCU